AUGACGAUGAAGAUCAAUAUGGACAACUUUACAUUGAGGCGUGUUGGGUAUACUGCAAAAUUCAGAAUGAAGACCACAGUGCUAGGAGAAAACGAAGCAAGACAAUUGGAGCGAUUACUUUCAUACGUGGACGUUGGAGGGGGAAUCAAAACCACCCCAUUCCACGAAGCAGCAGAAUUGGGGUUGGAAGUGAAAGAUGCUGUCGAAGCAUGGGAUAUUAACGGAAUUGAAUCAGGGUCUAGCGAGGGAGAACGGGCCGCUAUGCUCAAGAUGCUAGACGAGACGGGGAAUACACCACUGCACUGGGCCGUUAGGAAGGGACAUACCCAGGUUGUGAUGGACUUGCUCGAAGCAGGUGCAAAAACUUACAGUACUGAUAAAGAUGGACGGACGCCUAUUAUGGUGGCAGCAGCAAACAAUGCCAUAGAAUGCAUGGCACUGCUACUUGCAGAAGGCACCAGCACGAUAAACAGUCGACAAAAAAGCAAAUCUAGAUACGUAUCCGACAUCAAUAAGCGGGAUCCAAGGGGCCUCACCGCGUUGCAUUUAGCUGCCGAAAACGGCAACUUUAGUUUGGUACAAUUACUACUGGAUAAAGGAGCAUCCCCCUUGAGCCGCGACAAGGAAGGUUGGACGGCGUUGCAUUUUGCUGCGUGCUGUGAACGGAAUGGAGCAGAUGCAGAUCAAAUCGCCGCCACUCUAGAUCUCCUCAUCAAUGAGCCCAACACAAACAUCGACUCACGGACUCAAGAUGGGGAAACUCCAUUUAUGGCUGCAGUCAGAUUGAACCAACUUAUUGCGGUACGAUUUCUCGCCAAUGCGGGGGCAUCCUACACCACUAUAACAAAUGAUUCAAUGAACUUACUACACUAUUCAGCAUUGUACGCCAAUUUUGAGGUCUUAGCGUUCUUAAACAGCAUCGGUAUAUCUGGCACUGCUCCGAAGGGAUGUGGUUCCGACAGCCAACGGCGGAAGAAUCUAUUGCAUUCGUUCAACUAUACAAAAUGGCUCGAAAUCAAAUUAUCCGGCAAGAUAUUUCACUGUUAA